AUGAAAAAUUCUAUUAAUGAAAUAUGCGAAGAUUACUUUUGCUUUCAAUUCGAUUCUUGUAGUGAUAUUCAUAAAUUGUAUGAUGAGAAAUGUUUCGAUUUGAUAAUAUGUAACGAGUAUAAAGAGGACGUUAUAUAUGAAUCAUAUAUAAAGCGUGAUGUACUAAUUACACGAUACAAGGAUUUUGAUGCAUAUAAAGUAUCAUGUGAACCAAAAAAAAAAAAUAAGCAAUGUAAAUUUACUCGGAAAUAUUCAAAUUCUUAUUAA